AUGAAAGGUCCCUUCCAAAUUCAGAGGUCCAGGGCAGUCUGGCUUCCAUUACUACUCGCACACUUUUCUACACAAUCAGCGCAUGCUUUUGAUUCUGUCCUGUUGGACACUGCCGCAUCCGUCCGACGAAAAGUACCUGAAUUUCCAAAAUAUGAAGACUUGCAUUAUGAAUCAGAUUACCUCCGACCAGACAAUAUGGGAAUGCGAGGCAUGUGCAAUUGGAUCAUCCCCAACAAACUGAUGGUAGGACAAUAUCCUGGGCAAUCACCGGAACCCUUUGCCCCAAAUGCUCGCGAUGUUGAUAACCAUAUCAAAUCCGUUGUCACACAAGCUGGCGUCAACCUAUUUUGCAGUUUGCAAUCAGAAAUUCCACCCCAAGACGAUUACGCAUGGGUGUUCAAUGGCGGUGAAAUAUACUUUCCAGAUCCAUAUGUACGACGAGAGUUUCCACGGCCCUUUAAACAUUAUGCUCCCAUGGUGAAAUCCUACAAUCCAGAUUGUCUCUUCUUGCAUGCUCCGAUUGACGACUGCGAUGUUCCCAAAACCGAAUCUGCAUUGACCGAUCUGCUGCUAGAGUUAUUAGAAGCUAUUGAUAAAGAUGAUCGAUGUGUUUAUGUACACUGUUGGGGUGGUCGAGGUCGAGCUGGUUUGGUCGGAGCCUGCAUGUUAUCGCUGAUUUUCCCUGAAAGGGACGCCAACGACAUAUUGGAAUUGGUUCAAUUUGGCUAUAGCACCAGGGCUGGUGCCAAGAAUAUGCCACCGGGUCUGCAGCAAAGUCCUCAAACCGAAUCACAGCGAGAAUUUGUCCGCAUGUUUGUCGAUCAACGGCAGCGGCACCACUUUUUCUUCACCAAGCCAACGAAACUGUCCAUGGCAAUAGAAACUGGUGAAUUCUGA